CUGCUCUUCCCCAGCGCCGCCGGAGCCGCCGAGCCUGUAGUGCUAGCGAGUUAAGCCUGCCAAACAUGCGUGCGUGAAAGGAUAUUUCAAAGAUGGUUUGGCUGCCAUUGAGACUUGGAGAUCUGAUGCCACAAUGAGGACUCACACACGGGGAGCCCCAAGUGUGUUUUUCAUACACGCAGUUUGCUUCGCCUUUGCCUACGGCGCCAGGGAGGACCCGGACGCGAUGGUUCCCUUUGUCAAUGCCAACUAUGACAGCUACCCCAUGCUCUACUUCUCCAAAGGGGACGUAGAGGCUCUGCGUCUCCAGGCCACCACCACGCACCAGCACAUUGCAGCUCGUCUGGUCGAGGCAGUGCAAACGAUGCUGUCGAAUCCCCUGGAGUACCUUCCUCCCUGGGACCCGAAGGAGUUCAGCGCUCGGUGGAAUGAAAUUUAUGGCAACAACCUUGGGGCCCUGGCGAUGUUCUGUGUGCUCUACCCUGAAAACAUCGAGGCCAUCAGCAUGGCCAUGGAUUACAUGGAGAGGAUGGCGGCUCAGCCUAGUUGGCUAGUGAAGGAUGCCCCAUGGGAUGAGGUCCCUCUCGCUCACUCCUUAGUUGGUUUUGCCACUGCGUAUGACUUCUUGUACAGCUAUCUUAGCAAGACUCAACAGGAGAGAUUUCUUGAGGUAAUUGCCAACGCCUCGGGAUAUAUGUACGAAACAUCAUACAGACGUGGAUGGGGAUUCCAGUACCUCCACAACCAUCAGCCUACCAACUGUGUGGCCCUGCUGGCUGGAAGCCUGGUUCUGAUGAAUCAAGGCUACCUUCAGGAAGCUUAUUUGUGGACCAAGCAAGUGUUGGCAAUCAUGGAGAAGUCGGUAGUCCUGCUGCAGGAGGUCACUGACGGCUCCCUCUAUGAAGGGGUGGCUUACGGCAGCUACACCACCAGAUCGCUGUUUCAGUACAUGUUUCUUGUCCAAAGGCACUUUGACAUCAACCACUUCAGCCACCCCUGGCUCAAGCAGCACUUUGCGUUUAUGUACAGGACUGUCCUGCCAGGGUUUCAGAGAACUGUGGCCAUAGCAGAUUCCAACUAUAACUGGUUCUAUGGGCCGGAGAGCCAGCUGGUGUUUCUCGACAAAUUUGUCAUGCGCAACGGGAGCGGGAACUGGUUGGCAGAGCAGAUCAGAAGGAACCGAGUGGUGGAGGGCCCAGGGACGCCAUCCAAAGGGCAGAGGUGGUGCACUCUCCACACUGAAUUUCUCUGGUAUGAUGCAAGUUUGCGCUCCAUACCUCCGCCAGACUACGGGGUUCCUAAGCUGCAUUAUUUUGAGGACUGGGGAGUGGUAACCUAUGGAAGUGCUUUGCCGGCUGAAAUCAACAGGCCUUUCCUUUCCUUCAAGUCAGGAAAGCUGGGAGGACGUGCAAUAUAUGAUAUUGUUCAUAAGAACAAGUACAAAGAGUGGAUCAAGGGGUGGAGGAACUUUAAUGCUGGCCAUGAACACCCGGACCAGAACUCCUUUACUUUUGCUCCCAAUGGUGUACCUUUCAUAACAGAAGCACUGUAUGGGCCAAAAUAUACUUUUUUUAAUAAUGUGUUGAUGUUUUCCCCUGCCGUGUCCAAGAGCUGCUUCUCCCCAUGGGAAGGGCAGAUUACAGAAGACUGUUCCUCAAAGUGGCUUAAAUAUAAACAUGACUUGGCUGGUGACUGUCAGGGACGAGUGGUUGCCGCCAUGGAGAGAAGCGGGGUGGUUUUUAUCAGGGGAGAAGGAGUGGGUGCAUACAAUCCUAAACUGAAGCUGAGAAAAUUGCAAAGAAACCUCAUACUUCUCCAUCCCCAGCUUCUCUUGCUAGUGGACCAAAUCCAUCUGGAAGAUGACAGCCCCCUGGAGGCAGCGACUAGUUUCUUCCACAAUGUGGAUGUGCCUUUUGAAGAAACAGUUGUUGAUGAUGUCCAUGGGGCCUUUAUUAGGCACCGUGAUGGGAUAUAUAAGAUGUACUGGAUGGACGACACUGGCCACAGCGAGAAAGCCACCAUUGCCUCAAGGAUGUAUCCGCGGGGCUACCCGUACAACGGAACAAACUAUGUGAAUGUAACGACCCUCUUGCGGCACCCUGUCACGAGGGCCAUUUACCUGUUCAUUGGGCCCUCCGUCGACGUGCAGAGCUUCACCGUCCGUGGAGAUUCUCCGCAGCUGGAUGUUUUUGUGACCACCAGUGAGCACGCCUACGCGGUGUACCUGUGGCCCGCUGAGGAUGGGUCCCGCUCUGCCUUUGCACAGGUUAUUGCAGACCGCCAGAAAAUUGUCUUUGACCAAGCCUCUGCCAUUAGGAGCUUCGCAGUGCCGGAAGUGAAGGACUACGUAGGGAUCGUGGAGAGGAACCUGCAGCAUUUUAAACCUGUUUUCCAGCAGCUUGAGAAACAGAUCUUGUCUCGUGUACGCAACACGGCUAGCUUUAGGAAGACUGCUGAGCGCCUGCUGAGGUUUUCAGAUAAGAGACAGACAGAGGAGGCCAUUGACAGGAUAUUUGCCAUCUCACAGAGGCAGCAGCAGCAGCACGGCAGAGCAAAGAAAAACAGAAAGGCAGCCAAAGGCUACAAAUUUGUUGAUGCCGUUCCUGACAUUUUUGCACAAAUUGAGGUAAAUGAAAGAAAAGUGCGACAAAAGGCACAGACUCAAGCACAAAAAGAGUUGCCUGUAGAUGAAGAUGAGGAAAUGAAAGAUCUUCUGGAUUUUGCAGAUAUCACUUAUGUGAAGCACAAAACUGGGGUGUCAAUCAAGGGCCGAUCAGGUCUGGCACAGAUGGUGACGACUGCUCGAAGUAGUGCCCCAUCAAUAUCAGCGUCUUAUACCCGCCUCUUUCUAAUUCUCAACAUUGCUAUUUUUUUUGUCAUGUUAGCAAUGCAGCUCACAUAUUUUCAGAAGGCCAAGAGACUGCAUGGCCAGAGAUGUCUGUAUGCAAUACUGUUAGUAGACAGCUGUAUAUUAUUGUGGCUGUAUUCUUCCUGUUCUCAGUCACAAUGUUAGCAGAAGACCUCUACUAGUCGACCAGUUUAUGGUCAUAUAAGUCUAUGCAAAAGCAUUAACCCUAAUAGGGCCAAAGUUUAUCUUCUUUUUUUCUGAAACAUUCCAAAAACAGCUGGGGGAAGAUUGGUUUCAGACCAGAAGGGAUGGAAGAACAGGGCAAGCAAUUAAUAUCUCAUAAAACUAAGUACUUAAUAAGUACUCCUCCUUUGUGUUCUGAGUUGGGCCUCACAUCUGAGGGAAUGUUAUGCUUUGUUCAUCAGAGUUCAGUAAUGUAAAGUUGUAAUUAAUUUUUUGGUGAGAAGAGCCCGCUUAAUAGAUUUGUUUCUAAGGGCUUGCUUUUUUAUACAGAAUUCGAUUUGCAUUUAGUGAUUUUUCAUUUCAGGCUGCUAUGGAUGUGUCUGGACAUUCUCUUAAGAAAAGGAUGUUCAAACACAAAUAUGCAAGGCAGAUCUUAGCAGUAGAUUUCAUUUCUCUCUGCAAAACCAAAGAAUGCUUCAAUAUGGGACACUCCUGUAUAAUUAUCGUGGACCCUUACAUCAUGUCAUCUCUUCCAUGCUUUACAGUCUGGCACGGUGGGAAACGGCAGUCAUGUCAGUACUUGCCAAGUGAGAGGUACAACACCUGGUAGGCAGUAGCAGAAGGCAAAUACGGGGCUAACUCAAGUAUAAAGGAACACAGUUCUCAGGAAAAAAAAAACCAAACAACUUUAUCUUUCAGUCACGUGUAGACAGUAGAAGGAUGAAUGCUGUAGGGUCUGUUCUCAAUUUUACAAGGCAGGGUUUCACAAAAGUUUUCUAUAGUUUGAAGCACAUCUUAGUAGGGAAAUAAUGUCCUAGAUCACUGGCCUUCCAUAUGCAAUUGUGAAAAUAUAAACAAAAAACCAAAGCAAUCCUGUGGUAACCUCAGCAAUUGCCAGUAUGGAAAAAAGAGGUAUUAAGGAAGUAUUUAAUGUCUUUUUUUCUGUUCACAUGACUAGAAACAGAGGACAGUUAAAACUGUGUGAACAGCCUGUUCUCUAUAAAACACCAGCAAGGGUUCUGCAAGCUCUUGGUGGCUCUGGGUCAAUUAUUUGGGGAUUAGUGGUAAAUGGAAUCAUGUGGUUUAUGACAAAAAUAAGUUUGACAUCUCCACAUAUAUCCCCUUCUGUUCAUUAAACUGAUUUCAAAAAAUUCAUAGCUAUUUGAGAGGAUGGAAGCUCCAUGGAACUGGGGCGUAUCUCUAUGUCUUUACAGAAAAACAAUUCUUCCAGUACAUUUGCUAAAUAAAGACAUUAUAAUUGUCUCUG